AAAAGAAUUCAAAGGAGUAGAGAGAGAGAGAGAGAGAGAUGAGGGAGUAGACAAAGACAAAGCGAGCUAAACGAAGUUACUGCUGUUGGGGCGUGUGUGUUACUGUCGAGUUCUUUGGUGUGGAUAAAAACCAUAAUAACAAGAGAAGGGUCAUGUGUCUCUCAUCUUAUCUUCUUUUCUGGGUACGUUUUCUCAUCGCUCAAAUUCCUGUAGAGGGUGUUUGCUUCCUGAUUUUUUAAAGGUGUUUCUCUAAUUGAUGUGUCUAAAGGAAGAUGCAUGAAUUCUCUACCGUUGAUGGUUUUGUGGAGAUAAGUGAAUGCAUGGCGGAUAUGAUCAAAUACGUGGCUAAUGAACCAUCUGUGGGGCUUUACUUUAUCCAACAACAUGCUCAAAAUGCAGUGCCAAAUGUCAUUAAAGCUGACAAAAAUAUUGUCGAAAAGGUUCACGAAACAACUUUGCACACUGAAGACUUGGAGGACUCUAUUACAGCAGUUCGAUCAAUGAAAGAGUGUGGAUUUUCCAUAGUCAAUGAGAUGAUAGGUGACAUAAACAAAUCUCUGGAAAUUAUGAAAACAAAAAAACCAAAAAAAGGGUCAAUCCAUUCAUCAACAUCAUCACCAAAUUCUCAGACAGAAAGAACUCGUUUUUGGGGCAAUCAUGCUUUUUAUGCUCAGGAAGGUGAUGAUAAAAAGAGUAACUAUUUUUCAAAUGUUUUAAAGUCGGCGAAACAGAAGGUUAACAGUCUCAAGUGGCAACAGCCUGAUGGUAAAGGAUCAGUAGAUUCCAACGAAGAGAAGCUACGAUAUCCUGAUUUGCCAUGGUCAAUCACAUCAGACGGCAUAACUUCAUCAUUACAGGGAACCGAACCUGAUGAUUUGCCUAUAUCGAGUCAGGUUGAAGACGAGUCUCAACACGAACAGACCGAUGAAAGUGAUAUUAGCAUUAAGUUGUUGUCAUUGUCAGAAAGGUUUGAUGACUUCAGAGCUAAUAAAGAAGCUAAACUAGAGGAGUGGCUUGAAGGAACUAGCAAACAUGAUGAUUAUUGUGACGCAGAUGAAGUAGAAAGAGGUAAGAAGCUUCUCGAGAAUGAUGAGAAGAUAAAUACUGGAAACAGUGGAUUCGAAGGUGAAGUGCUAUUGCAUGCAGUUCAGCCAUGAACCACUAAGAUAAGCCUGGUUGUAACAUGUUACUCAAUUUCAAAGGAUUAUUACAUUUUAGUCCUUAGAGUUUUGGGAAGAUUCAUUCAAGUCUUAUAAAUUGUAAUAGCAAAAUUGACCCUGUUAUAUGAUAUUGUUUUUGAAAUGUUCAGAGGUCCCUCCUUGUUUUAGUCAUUGAUAGACACCACAGUUGCAACAGAAGUGACCCGACAAUAUGAUUUGCAAAGUGAUUUGUUUCUGUUUGUGUUUCCUUUUCAUGUUUUAGUGGCCACAUGUGACAUUUAUGGUGCACUGGUUUAUUAUUAAUAUAAUACUUUUAUUUGUCCA